CCACUGCGGCGCCCCUCAGUUGCCCGUCGCGUCUCAACUAAACCGCACGCCCGUUCGCGCCAAAAUGGCAGCAGAAAUUGACCCAGAAAAACUGAUAUUAGCAGUGAAAAAACGCCCCGCUUUGUACACCAAAAAUGAUCCCAAUUACUAUAGCAAUAAGAAACAUAAGUCUAAGCUGUGGAUCGAAGUGUGUAGAGAAGUGUACGCUGGCUGGGAGCAAUUCAGACCGCAAGAUAAAGUGGAAAACGGCCACGAGCUUCAGAGGCGCUGGAAGAGUCUCCGAACAUGCUUCACAAGAGAACUAGGAAUGCAGAAGAAAGAACAGGUCAAAAGAGAACGGAAUGAACCGUACAAGAGGAGAAAGAGAUACGAAUAUUUUAACAUGAUGCUGUUCCUCCUAGAGCCAGAGGAAAAUAAUGGAGAAAGAGAUUCAGAUGAUUCAAGAUCAGAUCCUUUGGAAAGUAUAAAGAACGAACCUUCAGGUUUUGAAACAACGCAUGUUAGCCACUCCUCACAUUUUGACGUAGAAGUGGAACCGGAAAGAAAUGAAACUUAUCUAAGACCGAUGUUUGAACGUAGCGAAAAUCUAGAAGAUAAGGUACUGGAUAUGCUUAAAGAACUUAAGAAGGACGAAGGUGAUGAGGACAGACAGUUCAUGUUAUCUUUAGUUCCGACUUUUAAGAGGUUGAAAGCUAAACAGAAGUUUGAAGCUAGAAUUGAGAUUAUGAAGUUAUUGAAGGAUAUCACAUUUCGAAACGAAGAUGAAACUAAGGCGAACACUUACAACCCACCACAAGUUUAACUCUUGAGAUGUAAUAAACUGUUAAGUUCUAGAUAAUUAACAAGUUUUAUUGUUAUCUUUAGAAUAACGAAGAAACUCCUUUCUUUAUUUUGUUUUCUUAUAUUUGGUUUUAGGCCUAGAGAGAUGA